AGUCGCGAUCCGAACACCGACCACUGCUGCGGGUGACCAACGCUCGGCCACGUUUUUUCAACGCGUUCUCUACAUUCUCUGUCGUCGUCGCUAUCUAGUCGAAAAACCCGACGUUUCCUAUGAAAUCGGCGAAACUUCCUGUGGUCUUCGCUAGAAACGACGAUAAGGAGGAAGACGAAGGAAUAGUGAGUUCGUUCUCGGUGCGUCGUUUGAGUCGUUGGGUGCAAUGAAAAUGAAGUGUUUAUUGUUGCGCUGGUGACAUGAAAGUGCCGACUGGUUUUAGAAGUCGAUGUUGGGGCAGGACAGGUGAACGUGAACGUGUCGAUACGAUGGAUUUUCUCAGCAGGAUUUGGACUGAGCUCACUGAGAGGCUGAGACUGAGGCGAGGUCGUGGUGACACUAGCGAAGACGACGAAGGCCUUCCACAUAGCCCGUGCAACUCGCCAACUGCCUCCGAUGGACUCCUUCUCGAUAAGACUGCAAUCAAAGAUCUCCAGACCAAGUCGCAUAGUACUUGUAGCGAUGGAUCCUUACUUAGCAUGGAUAGUUAUGAGGAUGAGGUGAGUAACUUUGACUGAUGGAACAUGUACAGU